CUUUUGCUCUGCGGUGAUUAUUGUCGCCUCGUCGCUAGACACGAAGGACAACGACAUUAUUUACACAAAAUAUUGGAACAAUGCCGGGAAGCGAGGCUCUUCGCAUGCUCCGGUGGCUAUCGCGGAGCCCUGGUGGAUUUUUCGCCAGGCCCGAGGCGACAACGAUACGAUGCCUUUCUACUUCCGUAUCGCGAUCGACGGCCACUGAGACGCAAGCUUCGACAGAAUAUCUUACCAGAGAAGCCCCGAUCGCCUCGAAUCCCCUGUUGAACCCCGAGCCGGUCAAGGCCACCGCAUACCACUUCCCCUCCAUGGAACCCCUCCGUUUCGUCGAAUACUCGAGAAACCAUCUCUUGAUGCCCCUCCGAAAAGACAUUCUACACCGAGCAGUUGUAUAUGAAGGUGACAAAACCCGACAAGGUAGCGCGAACACCAAGUGGAGGGACGAAGUGCACGGAAGCCACCGAAAGUUGCAGCCGCAAAAGGGAACAGGUCGGGCACGUGUUGGUAACAAGCAAUCGCCUAUCCGGAAAGGUGGUGGUGUUGCCUUUGGUCCUAAGCCCCGUGAUUUCUCCUCUGAUUUGCCGCGGAAGAUCUACGACCAGGCAUGGCGGAUAGCCCUCAGCUACCGGUACAAGCGGGGGCAGUUGAUUAUCCUGGACAACGAGAUUUCGAUUCCCGAGGACGCAACACCGCAUCUCAUUACGGAUAUGUUCAAGGUCAACAACUGGGGCCGGGAGUUUGGCCGCUCUACGCUGAUCACAGAACAGUUGGAUGAACAUCUAUUCUCGACUGUUCGCGAGGUGGGACAGCAUGCGAAGAUCUUGGACCGUCCGGAUGUCGAUGUUAAGGAUAUUUUGGAGACUGGCCGAUUGAUUAUCGAAAAGAAGGCGCUGGAUAGGUUGUUGGCGACGCAUUCGAAGGAUUUGAACAGCAAGCCCGCGCGGGCUUUGUAUUAAACGAGGGGAAUUGAGUGAUGUGACUUUGACGAUAUGGACCUUUUUGUGUUUUUAGUUCUUAGUAUCUUUGCCAUGUACAAUUAGACGCUCUACAGUUCAACAGGUUGUAUCGAUUGCCGUCAAUCCCGCUUAACCGGAUCUUAGAACUAUGGGAUAUUGCCACGACAUAGCAUGCACGUAGAAC